GAAGAGGAUCGUCAGAACCUCGGAAGCUCGGAGAAGGGCUCAGCGUUCUCGAUCGAUGAGCAUUUGGGGGCUCGAUCCGGCUCGAUGGAAUCUUCGCAUCCUUUCCUCGAUCGGUCGCCGAAGUGACAGUCCAGCCGCAGGACUCGCUCGAUACCGCUCGAUACCGUUGCAUCUUGGGGGGAUGGGGAGCCACGUGCUGGUCCGGUUACUCGGUGAAUAUGGACCGUCGUCCCAUCGAGUGCCUACAGUCAUACCUGGAGCAGCAGAAAGUUGUACGGGAGAGGUUUGGAUCGCAGCUCUGUGGCAUCAUCGUGAUUAAGAAGCACGAUCGACUCGAGCAAUUGCGGAUUUGUCAACCUCGCUCGCUCACACACGUCUUUGGGCCGAGCUGUUGUGAAUUUGUCGGUCCUCGACUCCCGUCGAAGGUAUUUGGAGAUGGCGCCGACGAGUCCCCCGAGAACGAUCCCGCGACGCAGAUUGGGAACUCAAGGCCUGGAGGUGUCUGCUAUAGGACUGGGGUGUAUGAACUUCGUCGGCGUUUAUAGUUACGGGAGGAAUUCACUGGGCGAGGACGACGCCGUCGCCUUGAUCCAACACGCAUUCCACAACGGCGUCACAUUUUUUGACACAUCUGAUGCCUACGGGCCAUUGACGAGCGAGAUCCUGCUGGGAAAGGCAAUCAAAGACUUACCUCGAGACAAAGUACAGAUUGCUACAAAAUACGGGUACGUAAUUGAAGCUGGGCGUAUGGUGGGUGUCAGAGCUGAUCCGGAAUACAUCCGGGAGCGGUGUGAAGCAAGCUUAAAGCGAUUGGGUGUUGAGUAUAUUGAUUUAUACUUCCAGCAUCGCACUGACACCACGGUCCCCAUCGAAGUCACGGUCGGAGCACUUAAGCAGCUGGUGGAAGAAGGAAAAGUGAAGUACAUCGGACUGUCGGAGGCAAGCGCGAGCACCAUUCGCAGAGCUCAUGCCGUUCAUCCUAUCACCGCGAUUCAGAUCGAAUGGUCUCUGUGGACACGAGAUAUUGAAGAAGAGAUUGUACCCGUUUGCAGAGAGCUCGGGAUUGGCAUCGUGCCAUACAGUCCCCUAGGAAGGGGUUUCUUCGCGGGAAAAGCUGUUGUCGAGAAACUAGAGGACGGUGACCGGAGAACUGAUGUCCACCCCAGGUUCGCCGCAUCGUGCAUCGACAAGAACAAGAUCUUGUACGAACGCGUUGCAGCUCUAGCUGCGAGACACGGAUGCACACCAGCGCAGCUUGCCCUCGCUUGGGUCUUGCAUCAAGGCGAAGACGUCGUCCCCAUCCCUGGAACGAGCAAAAUAUCGAACCUGGACAUGAACCUCGUCGCUGCUCACAUCAAGCUCGAUGCACAUGAGCUGGCAGAAGUAACAGCUGCCGUUCCCGAGGCUGAAGUCGCAGGAGCCAGAGCUAAUCCCGUGAUGGCAGCGAAGAUGUGGCACGCUGCGGAAACGCCGCCUUUGAAGCAAUAGAGGAACGAAGUGUUUGCCGGUCUUCAUUUAUACUCGACCCACUCACGCAGUUCGUCUCGUUUUCAACUCAGUUCCCAUGUCGACUGCUCUGUCUGUCUGUCGAAGAAACUUGGGUUGUAACUCGGUUUAGGCCCUUGCCGUGCAAGGUUCGUGUCCAACCGACUGCGGUGGAGUCGUGACAACCGAGUACGGCUCUAAGUGUGCACGAGAGAUCUCAAAACAAGAGUGAAUGUUGCACUUCAUCUUAAUGGAAGCGAGGUGAAGAUUCUGGAUCAACCGUACACGCAAUGCAAAUGGCUGUCCCACCAUUCCAUCGUGAGUGCUGGUUUAUGACCUAUCAGUUGAAUAAACACAUGGAGAAAGUCGAGAUACGCAGACCUUUCUGAAAUUGGAUCUUUCUGCUGCUGCGUGGGUUUGCUGGUAAGAGGUUUCGUCGAUUUCGUGGGUGUUUGGUGAAACAAACAACACAACUGGAGAAGCUCUUCUUGCCUAUUUUCACGUACGGGCAUGAGCUCUCGCCGAUGGCGGCUGGGCUUUGGAAGAGGUCACGGCUUCGACUUUCGAUUCACUUCGUUCCCAUGGAUAUCUGAUUAGAUUGAGAGAACUUUUGAUCCAAGAAUACAACUGUCAAGAACUCACAGACGCACGCGCAGUGCGUGAAAUUUGUCUCGCUCGUCUCCACUUUGGAUUCAACGUCUUAGUUCACUCCAUCUGCUUGACAACAUACAUGUAGUUCAUUAUCGAUGCAAAAAGU